CUUUUUUUCCCUUCUCGCUUUUUCUUCUUCCCUUCCAGCUCGUGUUUCGCGCGACAUUUUUCUAAACCGCCUCUUCUAAAACCUCAGAUACCCCGCCAUCAUGUCUGCCAACGACUACUACAACUCCGCCGGCGGUAGCGGCUACCCUCAGCAGCAGCAAUACGGCCAGCAGCAGCAGCAGUACGGCGGUUAUCCCCAGCAGCAGCAGGGCUACCCUCAACAGCAGCAGUACGGCCAGCCUCAGCAGCAAUACCAGCAGCACCAGCAGCAGUACGGCCAGCCCCAGGGCUACGACAACAACCGCAGCGCCUCCCCCUACGGCCAGCCCCAGUACGACCAGCAGCAACAGCACCAGUACCAGCAGCACCAGCAGCAGCAGCAGUACGGCCAGCCCGGCUACAGCCAGUACCCCGGCUCCGAGCAGCAGUACCCCGGCGGUGCCCCCGGCGCUGAGGGUCAGGACGGCGACCGCGGCCUCGGCGCAACCCUCAUCGGCGGCGGCGUCGCUGGUUUCGCCGCCAAGAAGGCCGGUGGCGGUCUGAUUGGCAGCGGCCUCGCGGCUGUUGCCGGUGCCAUUGGCGCCAACUUGAUUGAGAAUGCCUUCGAGAAGCACAAGGAGAAGAAGGAGGCAGAGAACAUGUACUAUGGAGGCCAACAACAGGGACACCACCACCACCGUGAUUAAACGGGGCGUAUCGAACGCGAUGAGGACUUUUUAGUUGCUUUUUAUAUUGUUAGCAUUUCAUGAUAUAUGAGGGGCGUUUAAUGUCUUGUGUUUUAUAUGAAAUAAGAAUCAUGACGACUGUAC